UAUCUUUUGUCAGCACUCAGGUUUCUCUUGCACCAAGGCAAGGCAAUGGCAAUGGAGCCCUCACCCCACAGCCGAUAAAGAAACACAUUUCUCUCUUCUUUCUCCAACACCAUUUUUAAACCUGAGGAGCAGUCGGCUUUCCCUAACCCAUUUGCUUUCUCCGUUUUCACUACCAUCCAUUAAUGGAGAAGACCUCUCAAGACACCUCCAAAAUACACUUCCACUGGACCAAAAAAGUCGGAACUCAAGACGACGAUGGCGUCGAACAAGGUUCAACUUCCAAGCAGCAAUCCAAUCAACAACAAGACAAGAAGCAGGGGAGUGUUGAAGUUAAGACACGUGUUGAUGUUCCUACACCAAGGAAGAAGCUACAGGCGGUCGCCACCGCAAGGCUUCGAGCUGUUCUUACGGCUUUCGGGAAGAACCACCGUUCGAACCCGCCGUUUGGUGGUGGUUCUCUUGGACCUCGAGUUGUCGGCACCCUUUUUGGUUCCAGGCGUGGCCAUGUUCACUUCGCUUUUCAGAAACAACCCAAUUCGCCGCCGGCUUUCCUCGUUGAGCUCGCCACCCCCAUUAGUGGUCUGGUUCGGGAAAUGGCGUCCGGGUUGGUACGGAUCGCUUUGGAAUGCGAUAAGAAAGAACGCAAAGAAGACGAAGAUGGUCAUAAAAAAGCUGUGAGAUUACUUGAAGAGCCGGUUUGGAGAACUUACUGUAAUGGAAAGAAAUGUGGGUUCGCAACGAGGAGGGACUGCGGGGCUAAAGAAUGGAAUAUUUUGAAAGCGGUCGAACCUAUCUCCAUGGGAGCUGGGGUUUUACCGGUGACUGAACCGGAAGGUGGAGCCGGCGACAGUGAGCUUAUGUACAUGAGGGCUAAGUUCGAGAGAAUUGUUGGAUCUAGAGAUUCUGAAGCAUUCUAUAUGAUGAAUCCUGAUAGCAAUGGAGCUCCUGAACUUAGUAUCUAUUUGCUUAGAGUCUGAAAGUCGCCAUGGAAGCUCUGAGUUAAAACCAAAACUUCGUUUUCGAUGUAUUUUUCUUUUUCAGUUUUAAGAAGGGGUAUACCAGAUUGAUAUUUUGUCUUCUUCUUUUCUGUAUUCAUUACAGCCAUGGAAAUGGAGCACUCUAGUUUCUCUGUAUUCUUUUAGUUUAGAUGGAGGGGCCAUACAUUAUUAAUAUAUAUGUAUAGUUUUCUUCUUCAAUGCUUUUUCAAAAUAAUGAGACGUUGAAGAUUGAGCUUAGUGCAUCCAAUGA